CUUUUCCUACCAGUUGAAUUCUUGUAUAGAAUUCUUCUAAUGAUUUUUGUUUUCAAAGUAAGUAAAGCUACGUUUUGAUCAGAUGUUUGUUAUAAUGACGUUCGAUAUUGUAAAUAUUUCAAAGAUUUUCUAAAUUUAAGAACGAUGUGGAAUAUCCUACCAUAUUUAUUUACUACUGAUACUUAAAACAAUUUACUAAUAUUCUUCAAGUUAGGACUUGCCUAAUUAACAAGACUCAGGUAGAAAGAGAAGUGCCAAAAGGCAAGAAGAAAAGAGAAGCGAACCAGUUCUGGAUGCAAUAUAAUGUAUACCAAAUCUUUAUCUCUAGAUUCUAUAGGGAUAGAACUCGAUUGGAUAUUAUUUCUUAUAAAUCCUAUUAUUUAUAGAUAUUUGCAUAACUUUCCUAUAGAUGCAUGGAUAUGUGGAAAUAGGCAGAACAAUGGUGCUUCAUAAUGACCUACAUAGUUGGAUGGGAGAACAUUUAUGACUAUAGCCAUUGGAAAGUCCUCCAAACAGCCUCAAGGUCUGUUUGACAGCAUGGAUGACUGGCUAAGAAGAGACCGUUUUGUAUUUGUGGGUUGGUCUGGUCUUUUGUUAUUUCCUUGUGCAUACUUUGCAUUGGGUGGUUGGUUCACAGGAACUACCUUUGUAACUUCCUGGUAUACCCACGGUCUAGCUAGUUCUUAUCUAGAAGGUUGCAAUUUCCUAACUGCUGCUGUUUCCACUCCUGCUAACAGUUUGGCACAUUCUUUAUUGUUGCUAUGGGGACCUGAAGCUCAAGGAGACUUCACCCGUUGGUGCCAACUAGGUGGUUUGUGGACUUUUGUAGCAUUUCAUGGUGCUUUUGCUCUAAUCGGAUUUAUGUUGCGUCAGUUUGAAAUUGCUAGAUCUGUAGGAUUACGUCCUUACAACGCAAUUGCAUUUACUGGCCCAAUCUCUAUUUUCGUAUCCGUAUUCUUAAUCUAUCCUUUAGGACAAGCAGGAUGGUUUUUUGCACCUAGUUUUGGUGUAGCAGCUAUCUUUAGAUUUAUCUUGUUCUUCCAAGGAUUCCAUAACUGGACUCUAAACCCAUUCCACAUGAUGGGAGUAGCUGGUGUAUUAGGUGCUGCGUUGCUUUGUGCAAUUCAUGGUGCUACAGUAGAGAAUACUCUAUUUGAAGAUGGAGAUGGUGCAAAUACUUUCCGUGCAUUCAACCCAACUCAAUCUGAAGAAACUUAUUCCAUGGUUACUGCGAACCGUUUUUGGUCUCAAAUUUUUGGGGUUGCUUUCUCCAACAAACGAUGGCUACACUUCUUUAUGUUGUUUGUGCCUGUAACUGGAUUGUGGAUGAGUGCUGUUGGAGUAGUAGGUCUUGCUGUAAAUUUACGAGCAUAUGACUUUGUUUCCCAAGAAAUUCGUGCAGCAGAAGACCCUGAGUUUGAAACUUUCUAUACUAAGAAUAUCCUUCUAAAUGAAGGUAUCCGUGCUUGGAUGGCGGCUCAAGAUCAGCCUCAUGAAAACCUUGUAUUCCCCGAGGAGGUUCUACCACGUGGAAACGCUCUUUAAUGGAACUUUGGCUGUAGGUGGUCGUGAUCAAGAGACCACCGGUUUUGCUUGGUGGGCUGGUAAUGCUCGACUAAUCAAUCUAUCUGGUAGGCUAUUAGGUGCUCACGUAGCUCAUGCAGGAUUGAUCGUCUUCUGGGCAGGAGCUAUGAACCUGUUCGAAGUAGCUCACUUCGUGCCAGAGAAACCCAUGUAUGAACAGGGUCUAAUCUUAUUACCUCACUUGGCUACCCUAGGUUGGGGUGUAGGGCCAGGUGGAGAAGUAGUUGAUACCUUCCCUUACUUUGUCUCUGGAGUUCUUCAUCUUAUUUCUUCUGCAGUAUUAGGAUUCGGUGGUGUAUAUCAUGCACUGAUUGGUCCAGAAACUUUAGAAGAAUCAUUCCCUUUCUUUGGCUAUGUAUGGAAAGACAAAAACAAAAUGACUACCAUCUUAGGUAUUCACUUGAUUAUCUUAGGCUUAGGUGCUUUCCUACUAGUUUUCAAAGCUUUGUGGUUUGGUGGUGUGUAUGAUACUUGGGCACCUGGUGGUGGAGAUGUUCGUAAGAUUACCAAUCCAACUCUUGAUCCUAGCGUUGUUUUUGGAUAUCUAUUGAAAUCUCCAUUUGGUGGAGACGGUUGGAUUGUCAGUGUAGAUAACUUAGAAGACAUUAUUGGUGGUCAUAUUUGGAUAGGUUUCAUCUGUGUCUUUGGAGGUAUUUGGCAUAUCUUAACUAAACCAUGGGCUUGGGCUCGCCGUGCAUUCGUAUGGUCUGGUGAAGCUUACCUUUCUUAUAGCUUAGGAGCUAUUGCAACAAUGGGAUUCAUUGCUUGCUGCUUCGUUUGGUUUAACAAUACUGCUUAUCCAAGUGAAUUUUAUGGUCCUACCGGUCCUGAAGCUUCUCAAGCUCAAGCUUUCACAUUCUUGGUGAGAGACCAACGUCUAGGUGCUAAUAUCGGAUCUGCUCAAGGACCUACAGGUCUAGGGAAAUACUUGAUGAGAUCUCCUACUGGAGAAAUUAUUUUUGGUGGAGAAACCAUGCGUUUUUGGGACCUUAGAGCUCCAUGGUUAGAGCCUCUAAGAGGACCUAACGGUCUUGAUCUAGCUAAAUUGAAAAAAGAUAUUCAACCUUGGCAAGAAAGACGUUCUGCUGAAUAUAUGACUCAUGCUCCUUUAGGUUCUUUGAACUCUGUAGGUGGUGUAGCUACAGAAAUUAAUGCAGUUAACUAUGUAUCUCCUCGUAGUUGGCUUUCUACUUCUCACUUUGUUUUAGGUUUCUUUUUCUUUGUUGCCCAUCUUUGGCAUGCAGGAAGAGCACGUGCUGCUGCAGCUGGUUUCGAAAAAGGAAUUGAUAGAGAAACAGAACCAGUUCUAUUUAUGAAUCCUUUAAACUAAGUGAUCAAAUAAAUAGAUUAGUAUUCUUAGGAUCUCUCAACAAAGUUUGUCGUUUGUAUUGUAUCUGAAUGCGGGGCGCUUUGCGCCCUUGCAUAACCUCUCUUUUCUUUCUAAUAAAAGAUCAAUCUGAAAAGAACAUUUUUGCACAAAAUGUAUCAAUUCAUCGUUUUUUGAAUAAAAAAAAGGAUUAUUCAAUAGAGAAUUUAGACAAUAUCAGCAAAAUUGGAUUUUUUGUAUUCUAUUCAAGUCAAUUCAUCAUCUUUUUUGAAGAUAUUAUAAAUUUAUGUCUUUCACAGAUUCUUUAGAGAAAAAAGUGGUUUUUGAAGCAGAAAGUAUAACUUAAAGUUUCAAAGAGGUCUGAGGAGUAACAUAGUCGUGAUGCUCUCCACAAUCUAACUCGUUGUUGCUAUAUAUAGCACAACAGUCGUUGUUAUGAGAUUGAGCAGUAUGGCAUAUCCAAUUUGUUAAAACGUUUGGAGUAUUAUAGCCAUGACAAUUCUGUUUCAACUAGCUGUAUUCGCAUUAAUUAUUCUUUCCUUUCUUUUGGUGAUUGGUGUGCCUGUAGUGCUUGCUUCACCAGAUGGUUGGUCAACUAGCAAAAAUACAGUUUUUUCCGGGGC